UGUGUGUGCGGCGCAAUUUCCCAAAUGGACGCGUGUAUUUCAUCACGGGCAGCAUUUUGUUCGCAGUGAAAUUUCCUUCUCCCCACACUGUAAACCGUUCAGAACGAACCAAAACAAUUGACAACGGCUGCCGGGACGCUCCGGGCACGGAGUAGUGCUGAAAGCAGCUCGGGAAACGGUGGAUUUUAGGCGCAGUGUGCCUUUUUCUCCCCUGGCUGGUUCCGUGCGCUGACUGCAGACUGUACGCCGUUGUUGCUGUGCGGCGAAGAAGAGAAAGAAAACGCACACUACGAACGGGUGAGCAUUGCGUUGCUCCUGUGCUUGACCUUAGUCAUCCCUUCUCCGAGUGUGUGUUUUCGUUUAGCGAAAAUCCGUACAACCUUGGCGUGAAGCAGUCGAAUUCCGACCGUCAGGAUGAGUGGAGAAUCGAAGGCGCCAUUGCGCUUGGUCAAGCGCGUACAGUUCGGCAUCUUGUCGCCGGACGAAAUCCGUCGCAUGUCGGUGACGGAGGGCGGCAUACAGUAUGCGGAAACGAUGGAAGGUGGCCGGCCGAAGCUGUGCGGCCUGAUGGACCCACGGCAGGGUGUGAUCGAGCGUACGUCCCGGUGUCAAACGUGCGCGGGUAACAUGACCGAAUGCCCGGGCCACUUUGGGCAUAUCGAUCUGGCCAAACCGGUGUUUCACAUCGGCUUCAUCACGAAGACGAUCAAAAUAUUGCGCUGCGUGUGUUUCUACUGCUCCAAGAUGCUCGUGUCGCCACAGAACCCAAAGAUCAAGGAGAUCGUCCUGAAGUCGAAGGGCCAGCCCCGCAAGCGACUCGCCUAUGUGUACGAUCUGUGCAAGGGAAAGAAAAUCUGCGAAGGCGGUGAAGACAUGGACAUGUCCAAGGAGCCAACGGCGGACGGUGCGAAGAAGCAGGGCCACGGCGGUUGCGGUCACUACCAGCCAUCGAUCCGACGUACCGGCCUGGACCUGAUGGCCGAGUGGAAGGAUGUAAACGACGAGAACCAGGAGAAAAAGAUCCAGGUUUCGGCCGAGCGGGUGUAUGAAAUUCUGAAGCACAUUACCGACGAAGAGUGUUUCGUGCUCGGCAUGGAUCCAAAGUUUGCGCGUCCCGAUUGGAUGAUCAUCACCGUGCUGCCGGUACCGCCGCUGGCCGUCCGGCCCGCCGUCGUGAUGUUCGGCGCAACCAAGAAUCAGGACGAUUUAACGCACAAACUGUCCGACAUCAUCAAGGCGAACAACGAGCUGAAGAAGAACGAAGCUACCGGGGCGGCCGCACACGUCAUUGCGGAAAACAUCAAAAUGCUGCAGUUCCAUGUGGCCACGCUGGUGGACAACGAUAUGCCCGGUAUGCCGAAAGCGAUGCAGAAAAGUGGCAAACCGCUCAAAGCGAUCAAGGCGCGUCUGAAGGGAAAGGAAGGCCGUAUUCGCGGUAACUUGAUGGGUAAGCGUGUCGAUUUCUCGGCCCGUACCGUCAUUACGCCCGAUCCGAACCUGCGCAUCGAUCAGGUCGGCGUUCCACGCUCCGUAGCGCAGAACAUGACCUUCCCCGAGCUGGUGACGCCGUUCAACAUCGAUCGGAUGCAGGAGCUGGUACGUCGCGGUAACUCACAGUACCCGGGCGCCAAGUACAUUGUGCGCGACAAUGGCGAGCGAAUCGAUCUGCGGUUCCAUCCGAAGUCGUCCGAUCUGCAUCUGCAGUGCGGGUACAAGGUGGAGCGCCAUCUGCGCGACGACGAUCUGGUCAUUUUCAACCGUCAGCCCACGCUACACAAAAUGAGUAUGAUGGGGCAUCGGGUGAAGGUGUUGCCGUGGUCCACGUUUCGGAUGAAUCUUAGCUGCACCUCGCCGUACAACGCCGAUUUCGACGGUGACGAGAUGAACCUGCACGUGCCGCAGUCGAUGGAGACGCGGGCGGAGAUCGAAAACAUUCACAUCACUCCGCGCCAGAUCAUUACGCCGCAGGCCAACAAACCCGUCAUGGGUAUUGUGCAGGACACGCUGACGGCAGUGCGUAAGAUGACCAAGCGCGACGUUUUCAUCGAGAAGGAACAGAUGAUGAACCUGCUCAUGUUCUUGCCAACAUGGGAUGGUAAAAUGCCCCAGCCCGCCAUUCUCAAGCCGAAGCCGCUGUGGACGGGCAAGCAGAUCUUUACGCUCAUCAUCCCCGGCAACGUGAACAUGAUCCGCACGCAUUCCACCCACCCGGACGAGGAGGACGAUGGACCGUACAAGUGGAUCUCGCCCGGCGACACGAAGGUCAUGGUCGAGCACGGCGAUCUGAUCAUGGGCAUCCUGUGCAAGAAAACGCUCGGUACGUCGGCUGGGUCGCUGCUGCAUAUCGUGUUCCUGGAGCUGGGGCACGAAAUUGCCGGCCGGUUUUACGGCAACAUCCAGACGGUCGUCAACAACUGGUUGUUGUUGGAGGGUCACAGCAUCGGUAUCGGUGACACCAUUGCCGAUCCGCAGACGUACGCCGAAAUCCAGCGCGCCAUUAAGAAGGCCAAGGAGGACGUGAUAGGCGUGAUCCAGAAGGCGCACAACAUGGAGCUGGAACCGACGCCCGGUAACACGCUGCGACAGACGUUCGAGAAUCAGGUGAACCGUAUCCUGAACGAUGCUCGUGACAAAACUGGUGGUUCCGCCAAGAAGUCGCUUACCGAGUACAACAACCUGAAGGCUAUGGUCGUUUCCGGUUCCAAGGGAUCCAACAUUAACAUUUCUCAGGUUAUUGCUUGUGUAGGCCAACAGAACGUCGAGGGUAAGCGUAUUCCGUUUGGUUUCCGCAAACGCACACUGCCGCACUUCAUCAAGGACGAUUACGGUCCCGAGUCUCGUGGCUUCGUGGAAAAUUCGUACCUUGCCGGGCUGACGCCGACCGAGUUCUACUUCCACGCCAUGGGCGGUCGUGAAGGUUUGAUUGAUACUGCCGUCAAAACGGCCGAAACCGGUUACAUCCAGCGUCGUUUGAUCAAGGCUAUGGAGUCCGUGAUGGUCAACUACGACGGCACGGUGCGUAAUUCGGUGGGGCAGCUGAUUCAGCUGCGUUACGGCGAGGACGGUCUGUGCGGAGAGACGGUCGAGUUCCAGAACCUGCCAACGAUCAAGCUCUCGAACAAGGUGUUCGAGAAGCGGUACCGCUUCGAUCCGACCAACGAGCGUACGCUGCGGCGGAUUUUCAACGAGGACGUCAUCAAGGAGCUGACCGAAACGUCGUCCGUCAUUCAGGAGAUUGAGGCCGAGUACGAGCAGCUGUUGCGCGAUCGCGAAGCACUGCGACAGAUCUUCCCGAACGGCGACUCGAAGGUCGUACUACCCUGCAAUCUGCAGCGCAUGAUCUGGAAUGUGCAGAAGAUUUUCCACAUCAACAAACGUUCGCCGACUGAUCUGUCGCCGCUGAAGGUGAUCCAGGGCGUGCGAGAUCUGCUGCAACGUUGCGUGAUCGUGGCCGGCACGGAUCGGCUGUCGAAGCAGGCCAACGAGAACGCGACGCUGCUGUUCCAGUGUCUGGUGCGUUCGACGCUCUGCACAAAAUACGUGGCCGAGGAGUUCCGGCUGAACAACGAAGCGUUCGAGUGGUUGAUCGGUGAAAUCGAGACGCGCUUCCAGCAGGCUCAGUGUAACCCGGGCGAGAUGGUUGGUGCGUUGGCGGCUCAGUCGCUCGGCGAGCCGGCCACACAGAUGACGCUGAACACGUUCCACUUUGCCGGUGUGUCGUCCAAGAACGUAACGCUCGGUGUGCCUCGUUUGAAGGAAAUUAUCAACAUUUCCAAGCGUCCCAAGGCGCCUUCGCUGACCGUCUUCCUGACGGGCGGAGCGGCCCGUGACGCCGAAAAGGCCAAGAACGUGCUGUGCCGUUUGGAGCACACGACACUGCGUAAGGUGACGGCCAACACGGCCAUCUACUACGAUCCCGAUCCGCAGCGUACGGUCAUUGCCGAGGAUCAGGAGUUCGUGAACGUGUACUACGAAAUGCCUGACUUUGACCCGACGCGCAUUUCCCCGUGGCUGCUGCGUAUCGAGCUGGACCGUAAGCGAAUGACGGACAAAAAGCUGACCAUGGAACAGAUCGCGGAGAAGAUCAAUGCCGGUUUCGGAGACGACUUGAACUGCAUCUUCAACGACGACAAUGCGGACAAGCUUGUGCUGCGCAUCCGUAUCAUGAACGAGGACAACAAAUUCCAGGAGAACGAGGAGGAAAACAUGGACAAGAUGGAGGACGACAUGUUCCUGCGGUGUAUCGAGGCGAACAUGCUGUCGGACAUGACGCUGCAGGGCAUCGAAGCGAUCGGCAAGGUGUACAUGCAUCUGCCGCAAACCGAUGCGAAGAAGCGUAUCGUCAUCACGCCCGAGGGUGAGUUCAAGCCGAUCGGUGAAUGGUUGCUGGAAACGGACGGUACCUCCAUGAUGAAGGUGCUGAGCGAGCGGGAUGUCGAUCCGGUGCGCACGUACAGUAACGACAUCUGUGAGAUCUUCUCCGUGCUGGGCAUCGAAGCCGUGCGAAAGUCGGUCGAGAAGGAAAUGAACAACGUGCUGCAGUUCUACGGUCUUUACGUGAACUACCGACAUCUGGCCCUGCUGUGUGACGUCAUGACGGCGAAGGGCCAUUUGAUGGCCAUCACUCGACACGGCAUUAACCGGCAGGACACGGGUGCGCUGAUGAGAUGUUCGUUCGAGGAAACGGUUGACGUGUUGAACGAUGCAGCGGCCCACGCGGAGGUCGAUCCGAUGCGUGGCGUGUCGGAGAACAUCAUCCUCGGCCAGCUGCCCCGAAUGGGAACAGGUUGUUUCGAUUUGCUGCUUGACGCGGAGAAAUGCAAACUGGGUAUGGAAAUUCCGCACACCUCGAUACUGGGUGGCACGGGAAUGUUCUUCGGUUCGGCGGCGACACCAAGCAUGACACCGUGGCAACAGUCGGCCACCCCCGGCUACGGUGGAUGGUCUCCAUCCGGCCCGGCCAGUGGCAUGACGCCCGGUGGGCCCAGCUUCUCGCCAUCGGCACAGUCGGACGCAUCGGGAAUGUCUCCCUCGUCCUGGUCCCCGAUUCGAGGAUCACCCAGCUCUCCCGGUCCAUCGAUGUCGCCGUACCCGCCGUCGUCGCCAUCAAUGUCACCGUCCUACUCGCCGAGCAGUCCGAACUACGCGCCGAACUCGCCGGGCGGUGCGUCGCCAUCGUACUCUCCGACCAGCCCUGGCUAUUCGCCACCGAGCCCACAGUAUUCGCCGGGCAGCUCGAACUACUCCCCAAGCAGCCCCAACAUCCACUCCGCGACGCAAAACUAUUCGCCCACGUCGCCAAGCUAUUCGCCGAUGUCUCCCAUGCAUCCGACGAGCGCAUCCAACUUUGCCAGCCCGGGCUACUCCCCGACGAGUCCGUCGUAUUCGCCGACCUCGCCCAGCUAUUCACCUUCCUCUCCCGUCUUUUCACCGACCAGUCCGUCGUACUCACCGUCGAGCCCUUCGUACUCCCCGACCAGCCCGUCCUACUCACCGACAAGCCCAUCCUACUCACCAACAUCGCCGAACUUUACUCCCGUCACACCGUCCUACUCCCCGUCGAGCCCGAACUAUUCGCCCACCUCACCGCACUACUCUCCGGCAUCUCCCAGCUACUCGCCUUCCUCACCGAAAUAUUCUCCCACAUCGCCGAGCUACUCGCCCACCUCACCGUCGUACAUCGGCAGUCCGCACUACACACCCGCCAGCCCACAGUACGGGCAAGCGAGCCCGAACUAUUCCCCGACGUCGCCCAGCUACUCGCCCUCUUCGCCGCAGCACUCGCCUGGCAGCAGCAGCAACCACUACAGCAUCGGCUCGUCGUCGUACUCGCAAACGCCGGCACCGUACUCGCCCAACAUGUCCUCGUACUCGCCCAGCAGUCCGAAGUACUCUCCGACCAGCCCGGUCUACACGUCGAGCUCGCCGACCUAUUCGCCCUCUUCGCCGGCCUAUUCACCGACACCGCAGGGUUACAGUCCGUCGAGCCCGGCCAGUCCUACCUACUCGCCGACGAGUCCGUCGUACGACGAUAGCAAUGAGGAUUAAGGGCUUUCUGAUAGCAAUUACAUGCAUCGCGGAGCAUAUGUUAACAUUCUCUACGUUACUGCUGGUUCUGUUCGUUACCCUGCUUCAAAUCUAUUUCAUAUCAACGGGAAUUCUUUUACACAGUGGGAUACUGUUUUUCAAAAGCGAUGAAUAUUAUUUAAUUUACAAUUAACAACAACUGCAAUGAAAGCAGAAAGGGAAAGAUUAUGUUUGUGCUUUUUUUCUCUCAAUACGCUACAACGAAACAAGUUGGUGGCGAUAUAGCAUUUUAGUACUGCUAAACCAGAAGCAAAUGAUAUGUAUAAGCGAAACAGCGGCACCUUAAUAAGUGGAACGCCGCCGCAAAUGCAAGAUAGGAAAUGGCGAUCAAUUCAUUACUCAUCUGGUCAUCAUAUAAUGAGUGGUAUUGGUCCCGGGCACUCCAUCUGCACUGGGAUGGAAUAAGUUUCACGUGUAAAUGAUAUUUUUUAAGCAUUAUUGAACGAUAAUACACUAUAUUCAACACACCAUUUCAAUAAAAAGAUGCAAAACGGA